AUGGACGAAGAUGAAAUUCUUGGAUACGUUACUGCAUACUUGAAGAAGAAAGGGUUCAAACAAACGGAAAAGGUUUUCCAAGAAGAAUUUCAGCAGAACAAAAGCAGUUCCUCAUCGAGUACUCUUCUCGAACCUGACAUUGCCAAUCACCUCCUUGCAUUCUCUCAGUUGGAGAAUGGUCCUGCUAGGUAUCAUAAUGGGUAUAGUAGGUUAAGAACGUGGACUUACUCUUCAUUAGAUUUAUACAGGCAUGAGUUGCUUCGUGUGCUUUAUCCUGUAUUUAUCCAUUGCUUUAUGGACCUCGUUGCGAAAGGGCAUAUUCAAGAAGCUAGGAAUUUUUUCAAUACUUUUCGUGAAGACCAUGAAUUGAUGCACUUACGUGACAUUCAAAAAUUGGAGGGAGUUCUUUCUCCUACUCAUUUGAAGGAAAUGGAAUUCGCUCAUUCACUAAGGCAGAGCAAAUUCAACAUAAAGAUAUGUGAGUAUUCCUAUGAACUUCUGCUGCAACAUCUACACAGUACCCAAUCCACCACUAUACUUGGUAUAGUCAACGAGCAUAUUAACUUCCAAGUUACUUCUGGACAACCUAGCUUGAUUUCCGAUGAUCCAGAAGCUGUUACCCUUAUUGGAAGCAGCCAGGAAGCAGCGAACCAGACAAACCAGAAAGAAAUACACUGGGGGUUGCUUGAAGAUUCGCUAGAAGAACGGUUAGAAAAGGCCGGGGCCUUGCUUUCAGACUCUGAAAAGGGUGAUGGGGAGACAAAAGAGGGGGAAAAUGAUGAGAGUAAGAAAAGAUCAAUUGAAGUUGGAAAGCAAGGUGCUUCAGUCAAAAAGAUAAAAAAGGACAAGGGUGGAAGCGCAACAGCGAAAACUGCAAAGCCUGAAGUUAGCACUGUAUCAGCAGCUCCUCGAGUUAAACCAGAACUCCCCUUGCCCACAAUUCCAACAGAGGUAGAACACUCCAUCCUUGAAGAUUUAAGGAACCGUGUACAACUUAGUAGUGUUGCGCUGCCAUCAGUUAGCUUUUAUACUUUCAUCAAUACACAUAAUGGUUUAAGCUGUUCAUCAAUAUCUCAUGACGGAUCAUUGGUUGCUGGAGGAUUUUCUGACUCGUCACUAAAGGUUUGGGAUAUGGCCAAGCUUGGACAACAACCCUCCAGUUCUCUUUCACAAGGUGACAAUGAUACGGCACAAAAUGAACAAACUCUUGGGAAAAGUGGCGGGAAGAGACAAUAUACGCUGUUUCAAGGUCACGCCGGACCGGUUUAUGCAGCCUCUUUUUGUCCCGUUGGCGAUUUCCUACUUUCAUCGUCAGCAGACUCAACAGUUCGAUUAUGGAGCACAAAGCUUAAUGCCAAUCUUGUUUGUUACAAGGGCCACAAUUAUCCUGUCUGGGAUGUUCAGUUUAGUCCCAUGGGGCAUUAUUUUGCCAGUUGUUCACAUGACAGAACUGCUAGGGUUUGGUCCAUGGACAGGAUACAUCCCUUAAGAAUAAUGGCGGGACACUUGUCUGAUGUUGAUUGUGUCCAAUGGCAUGCCAACUGCAACUACAUUGCCACUGGUUCCAGUGACAAAACAGUUCGACUAUGGGAUGUGCAGAGUGGAGAGUGCGUCCGGGUUUUUGUUGGUCACAGGGGUAUGGUCUUGUCUUUGUCAAUGUCUCCUGAUGGGCGCUAUAUGGCAUCUGGUGAUGAAGAUGGCACAAUCAUGAUGUGGGACCUCUCAAGCGGCCGCUGUGUCACUCCUUUGGUUGGUCACACAUCAUGCGUCUGGUCACUCGCUUUCAGUUCUGAAGGUUCUAUUCUAGCAUCUGGAUCUGCUGAUUGCACUGUAAAAUUAUGGGAUGUAAAUACGAGCACUAAGGUUUCAAGAAUUGAAGAAAAAAAUGGAAAUACUAACAGACUCAGAGCACUCAAGACCCUACCAACCAAAUCUACCCCGGUUAACGCAUUGCGGUUUUCUCGAAGGAAUCUUCUCUUUGCAGCUGGAGCUCUUGUAAAAAAUGUUUAA